AUGAAAGUUUACAAGGUGAAAGGUUAUUUAAGUUCUAGAGUGAGCCGAUAUCCCAACUCGACUUCCACAUUCCAAGUAUUUUGUUCAAUUAUCAGUGGAGAUACCUCUGAAAAUCCUGGACCAAGCACGAAUAAACUGAUCUGUCCUGAUUGCUCGAGAACCAUUGCCAAAAACCACAGAUCGCUAACGUGCAGCGUCUGUGACCUGACCUAUCACAUCAAGUGUGACAACGCAACACUAAAGGACUUCAAGUUAAUUCAGAGAAUCGUACCAAUGAUUUGGAAAUGCCCUAUCUGCCUGCAUGACAUUUCGUUUGAUCUUAAUGAGCUACCAUUUGCUUCUCUGUCCGAAGAAUCUUUCAACUCUAUGAUGAGAACAGAUCCACUUUACAACGAAUCUUCACAAUGCGAUUCUGAAAGUGAUCAUUUGCACGAAUUUGCCCAAGAAAUAAAUACCUUGCCAAAAGACUCAAGCGAUGAAUCUGAUCUCGCGCCGAUUGACUGGUUUGCUUCGAACAUCAAUUCAUAUUACAAGAGAAAUUUGAAAAUUGGUCACUUAAAUGUAAACAGCAUUUACGGCAAGGUGGACGAGGUUAUAGAUUUACUCAACACAUGCCGAUUCAACAUAUUUUCGUAG